AUGUUUCAGUUGGCGAUCUUUGGUGCUGCUGCUCUAGCCCUGCUACGAAAUCCAAGAAUUGCUGCUAUAAUGCGUAAGUAUCUACGUUUGGGUCCCGCUAUGUCUUCUGCGCUGAAUCACAUAUCACCCAGAGAAGAUGAGGUGCCAAUGAUUGAAACGAUGUCACAAACAACUACUACGUCUGCACCUGCAAUUCAACUUCUGCUGCUGAAAGGACUUGAGUCAACAGAUGCUGGAUCGGGGUCUGGUUCUGGCUUGCCCUUGCUCACGCAACGCAACAUCGCUAGGCAAAUCGAACUCGUACGUGAAAUUGGUCAGGGACGAUUUGGUGAUGUUUGGUUGGGGGCUUGGAAAGGUGACAUGGUUGCUGUGAAGAUCUUCUCUUCACGCGACGAAGGCUCAUGGUCACAUGAAGUAGAGACUUUCCAAACGCACAUGUUACGCCAUCCAAAUAUCUUGCAGUUCUAUGCAAGUGACAGUAAAGAUACUGGUACCACCAUGCAGCUGUGGUUGAUCACUGAAUAUCACCCUCAUGGAUCUCUCUACGAUUACCUGUCUCACUCAGUAAGUUUUCUAUAAAG